AUGCCGGUCCAGGAAGAUUCAUUCUUGGCUGUUGAGGAAACUAUUCCUUUGAAUGCCGACUGCUAUUUGAGUACCCUGGAUGAGAAGCAAAGAGAAUCGUUUGUUUCGAAAAAUAUCACCAUUCCUUUGAAGGAGGAAGGCGAGGAAGUCGUCAUUGAUACCGUCAGCGACCUUCCCGAGGAUUCAAGUGAACUUUGCGCCUUGCUUACAAACGAGGAGUCAGCAGCCGAGCAUUGGCUUGUUGUCGCCAAGGCAUAUGCCAGCCAAGGUAAAAUCGACGAGUCUUUGAACGUUAUCAGAAACGCAUUGGAUUCACCAACUAUCAUGGACGCUACCGGAGACGUCCAAUCUACCUUGCACGGAUUUUUGGCUUGGUUGUACCUGGCAAGAGAAGGGAAGGCAAGUGGCUCUAUUACAUAUGAAAUGGCUUCCAAGGAAACCGAGACCGCACUUUCCCUGGAUUCUACUAACGAGUUAACUCUUCUCUCACAAGCUUUGUUGUCUCUAUCCUCAGGAAAACAGAAGAACAAGCAAACCAAUUUUGAGAAAGAGUCAAGAUCUCUUGAUAACAUUCUGAAGAAGAACCCAAAGAAUUGUUUUGCUUUGGUUGCCAAAGCCAAGAUAUUCUUUUACAAGGAAAACUACACGGCCGCUCUUAAAGUCUUCCAAAGGGUUUUGAUGUUGAACCCAUUGCUUAGACCAGAUCCAAGAAUCGGUAUUGGAAUGUGCUACUGGAUGCUAGACAGAAAAAAGCUUGCCAACCAGGCCUGGCAAAACUCGAUCCAGGUGAACCCAGAAAAGAACUUGGAAGCCAAGAUUUUAAUCUCGAUUGCCAAAUUUGAUGAUGCAUUCACUGGUGCUGUCUCCGAUGAGGAUUUCAAAGAGAAAUACACUCUCGCAUUGGAAUUCACGAAAGCUUCGUAUAUCGAUGCUCCUACUAAUGGCGUUAUCCUGUUAAUUUUGGCCUCUUUUUACUUUUCCAAAGGAGAUUACGCAUUGGUCGAAAAGGUUGGUGAAAAGUUGUCCAAGAGCACAACAGUCUCCAGUGCUGUUAAGAGUGAUGCUUUCUUCUGGCUUGCCAGAUGCAAGUUCGUUCAAAACGAUGCUCUUCAAGCUCAGAAAUACUUUAGCAGCUCAAUCAAAUUGAAUGAGAACAACUUGCUGGCAAGAUUCGGAUAUGGACAAUGUCUUGUUCUAAGAAAUGACAUCAACGAUGCCAUCAGAUCGUUCGAGAAAUUACAGGCAUCUCAUCCACGUAUACUUGAAGUCACAUUUGCUUUGGGAAUGCUUUACAGCAAGAACCCUAAGCAAGCUGACAAGGCCAUUUCGUUCUUGGAGAAAUACGUUUCUCUUGCAAAGGAACAUGGAGAGUCAUUGAACACUUCUGCCCUUAUUACUCUGGCCACUCUUUACGAAACUAGAGACAUCUCACAAUCACUCAAAUUUUUGACUCUGUUGAAAGAGAAAGAAGUUUCGCUAGGUAAGUCAGAUACCGAGCUUUCGUUUGCUUUGCUCAAUAAUAUCGGAGUGUUGUCAUUGCUGAAGAAUGAAAAUGAUCCACUUUCCUAUUUUGAGAAUAGUUUACAAGCCCUUGAGUCACAAGAAGACGAGAGCACCAAGAAAGAUGCUAUCAAACUCAUUUUGAAUUACAACGUCGCUCGGUGUAAGGAAUCCCAGAAUGAUAUUGAGAGUGCGAAGUUGAAGUACCAACAAAUCAUUGAGCAAUGUCCAGGUUACCACAGCGCCAGAUUAAGGUGGUUGCUCCUCACAUGUCUUUCUGAUAAAGAAGAUAUCCAUGAGGAACUUACACAGCUUUUGGAUGAGGCCUCAGAUGAUUUGGAAGUGAGAUCUUUCUAUGGAUGGUACGUCAAGAAGUUCGGGAAGAAAUACAUGGAUACAAAAGGUAAAGACUUGGAAAGUGAACACCACAGAGAGACUCUGGUCAAGCACACAUCUCACGACUGUUAUGCCUUGGUUUCAUUAGGAAACGUUUAUGCUACUCUUGCCAGGGAAGCCAAGGACCAGCAAAAGAAAGAGCAGUACUACACUCGUGGUGCUCAACUUUAUCAAAAGGUUCUUUCCAUCGAUCCAAAGGACGCUUAUGCUGCACAAGGAAUCGCCAUCAUAUUUGCUGACAAGAAGCAGAUCGGUUUGGCCCUUGAAAUUUUCAGAAAAGUGAGAGAAUCGUUACAGGACAUUUCUGUUUACAUGAAUCUUGGACACUGUUUUCUGGAAGCCAAACAAUAUGCCAAAAGUAUUGAGAGUUAUCAGCUAGCCUUGACUCGUUUCACUAAUGGCCAAGAUGCUAACAUUCUAAAUUUCAUCAGCAGAGCAUGGCUUUAUAGAGCAAUGUCGGAAAAGAAUCUCGAGUACUUCAAAACGUCUCUUGAAAUUGCCGAGAAGUCUUUUAAGUUCAGCAGCAUUCCAUCGUUGAGAUUCAACAUUGCGUUUGUUCAUUUCCAGAUUGCCGAAUUUUUGAGAAAACAACCAAGUUCCAAGAGAACUAUCAGCGAUUUGGAAGAGUGUGUCGUUGGACUAGGUAAGGCUAUUGAGACCCUGAACGAUCUGGCUGCCAAUGAAAGCCACCUUCCUUUCCCUGCCGAGGAGCUCAAGUUGAGAGCCAACAUGGGUAACACGUUGACCAAGCAGUUGGAGAAGGCUAUUGCCGAACAGAAGGAUUACGAAGGAGGUUUGGAGAGCAAGCUUCGUGAAGCCAAGAAGCUCAAGACUCUGGAGGAACAGAGAAAGCUGGAGCAAAAGAAGAAGGAAGAGGAGGAGAGAAAGAAGCUUGAGGAGAAGCUUGCCGAGGAGAGAAAACAGCUUGAAGAGACCACCAAGGCGUGGAAUCAACAGCGGUUGGAAGAGGACAAGGACAACAGGGACGAGCUCGACGUCACUUCUGAGGACAAACCCAAGAAGAAGAAGGGAGGACGCAAGAAGAAGAAGGAGUUCGUUGUUGAGAGCGAAGAUGAAGAUGAGGAGGAAGUGAAGAAAGACGAGAGCGAGGACGAUAAGAGUGAUGUUGGCGACCUUUUCGACGAAGAGAGUGACGACGAGAAGAAACGUAAAGCAGAAGACGACGAAGACGGGGAAACAGAAGGAGAGAGAAAGAAGUCCAAGCCGGACGAAGGAGGGCUGGAGAAUUUAUUUGAAGAGUGA